CCUCAGAGGAAGAGGAAGUCUCUGUAAGAAGCACUUUCAAUUUAUGACAGAAUAGCAACAAGUUUUGAGUGCCUCAAGAUCACCAACAGCCAUCUCUACUUCUCAGAGGAUGUUCUGGCUGCUUCCAUCUCUCCCACUUGUCUUCUGCCUUGGCUCAGGGAACGCAGUGUCACAAAGCAACUCGACCUCUCUGGUGGUAAAUGGGAUUCUAGGGGAGUCAGUAACCUUCCACCUGAAGCUUCCUGCGAAAAAGGACAUGACGGCCAUCACCUGGCAUUACAAUGGAAAAGCUGUUGUCACCAUACAGCUAAAUAAACUUGCAAACCCGAAACAUCUGGUGUUAAAUCCAAGGUGGGGAGAGCGGCUAAACCUCACCCAGACGUACUCCUUGCAUCUCAGCAACCUGACAAUGGCAGACACAGGCCAUUACAGCAUCCAGGUCACCACGACAACAGACGCUAUACAGACGUCUAGCUACACUCUGAGGAUUUUCAGACAAUUGAGAAACUUAACAGUUACCAACCAUGUUCAACUGUCAGAGAGUAAGACCUGUGACAUCCACCUGAUCUGUGCUGUGGAAAAUGAGGAUGAUACUGUCUGGUUCAGGUGGCAGGACUCACGAAACAUCUGCUUCAAUGGAACAAACUUCACUACCUCCUGGGACCCCAAGAAUUCCAGUGAACACAACUAUACCUGCAUAGCUAGGAACCCUGUCACCAAAUUAUCAAAAUCUGUCUCUGCCCAGAGUCUCUGCGAAGGUGUUUUAUCUAAGGAAAAUCUACACCAGAGCAGUAAAUUGAUUCCAAUUAUAUCUGUUGUUACCACACUUAUAAUCAUCCUUGUGUGCAUACUUGUUUGGAAGAAAAAAAGAGAUUCCUUUCAUUUUUCUACUGAGCAAACUCAGCAUCCUGCCAAAGCAUGAAUAGUAGACAGACACAGAUGAAAAAGAAAAUGUGAUUUACAGAUGCAAAUGCAGACUCUGGACUCAGGUUUGCUUUGAAUCUCAUCCCCUAAGAGAGAGAUAGGAGACAUAUUGUUGAGGAGGAGGGAAUACAAGGUCUGAGUCAGAAGAUCUACAUUUGAGUUCUUGUUUCAUCAACCAGUAUCUAUGUGACUUUAUACAAGUCAGUUUACAGUUCUUCAUCUCCACAACAAUCAAAUCCAAGUGCAAACCCUGGAAAGGCAGCAUUUCCAGCUCUUCCCUCAGCAGUGUCACUCAGUCCUUUAUGCAUCUGAGUGAGACACUGAAGCACAAAGAUACAAGACCACCUCUCACCCAAGAGAUGAGACAGACACAAACCAUAUGACUGAAAAGAUUCUGCCCCAGAAAUCCAGACUGUAAAAAAAUGA